AUAACGAAAAAACUAAAGGAAAAAAAUAUCAUCGGCCUCUGCUUACUUGACAUAUCUGGAAACCAAUUGGAUCUGGGUUGUUGGUUGACAUCGAUACCGCAUUUAUGAAUCGUAAUCUUGUCAGUAAAGUGGCGUGUUUGUAAUGAUGGCGGCUCCGAGGAAUCUGGUGGUGAGGGACGAGGAGAAUGCCAAGGUGGUUGUGGAGGAGGAGGAGGAUUGGUCCACCGGCAAGAAGCCAAAGUCUUCAGAGAGACUGCCCCUCACGCGCUGGGAGGUUGCCGCCGCUCUCUCCGUAUUCUUUAUAUUCUCCGCUGGCCUCUUCUGUGUCUACUUGACCAUGCCCCCCGCCGAUUACGGCAAACUCAAGCUUCCUCGCACCAUUGCUGAUCUUCGCUUGCUCAAAGAUCAUCUCGGGACUUAUGCUAAGGAUUAUCCAGCUCAAUUCAUUCUGGGUUACUGUUCUACGUACAUCUUCAUGCAGACUUUCAUGAUUCCCGGAACCAUCUUCAUGUCAUUGCUUGCCGGAGCUCUUUUCGGUGUUGUCAGAGGCCUUAUGUUAGUUGUCUUCAACGCCACUGCCGGAGCUUCUUCCUGCUUCUUUUUGUCCAAGUUAAUUGGCAGGCCCUUAGUUAGUUGGUUGUGGCCCGAAAAACUGAGGUUCUUUCAGGCAGAGAUUGCAAAGCGGAAGGAGAAGCUGCUGAACUAUAUGCUGUUUCUGAGGAUAACUCCAACAUUGCCAAACCUUUUCAUCAACUUGGCAUCUCCCAUUGUUGACAUACCCUUUCACAUUUUCUUCGUUGCAACUUUGGUUGGUCUUAUUCCGGCAUCUUAUAUCACAGUCAGAGCUGGCCUUGCUCUUGGGGAUCUCAAGUCAGUCAAGGACCUCUACGAUUUUAAAACAUUAUUUGUGCUGUUCCUUAUUGGUUCAGUGAUUAUAUUUCCAACUCUUCUGAAGAGAAAGCGGAUCUAUGAAUGAAAGUUCUGGUGGCUACUCGAUAGUAUUCUUUACUAGGUAUGUCUGCUGUGCAGCACGGCAUAGCAUACAUACAUUAAUAGAGGGUGGAGGGUGGAUUGCAUGUGCUUUGCAUGGGGGCUGAUAUUGAGAAGUUGCCUCUGGAAAGCAGGCUGCAUACCAGAACUUUCCGUGUUAGAAGUCGAAGUGAUGCUCGGUAGGAUGUGUAAAGUGCUUAUGGACUUGACAUUCAUUGCUUUACGCAUGUGUCAUGAUGAUAUAUGUAAAAUGUUUUUGCAAUUAUAUAGCAAAGCUCAAAGAAUUUACUAAGCUUAUGUUGGAGGUAAACUAUUCUGCAUUUUAUUCGGCCGUCUUCUUUCCCUUUAUUAGUUUAUUACUAAGUUUGACGGUAGUUCUAUUCUAUCCACUUCUUUGUAAUUUUCUAAUUUUCUAUUCUUUUAAAUUUGCAAAGUGUUGCAGAACGAUGUGUCAAACUGUACAAAUUUGCAAAGAAGUUAAUCAUAUCCUAUAUAUAGAGAUUCUCAGGUAUAGUGUUGC